AUGGCUGCCGGCAAACCUCCCGCCCCGCGCGCCGCCGCGGCGCCGGGGCCCGAAUCCGCGGCCGAGGCCGAGCACCUCCUUUCGCUGGCCGAGUCGGAGCUCUCCGCGGGCCGGCUCCGGGCCGCGCGCAGGCACGCCCUCCGCGCCUCCCGCCUGUACCCGUCCUGCCCGCGCGCCUCGGCGGUGGCCACCGCCGCCAACGUGCUCCUCGCCGACGCCUCCUCCCACCACGCCUCGCUCCUGCUGCCCGAGCCCGACGACCCCGACGCCUCGCCGCUCUCCGCCUCCGAGCUCCGCCGCCACUUCAAGUCGCUCGUCAAGUCCCUCCGCGUCUGCCCCGACUACGCCGCCGCCUACCCCUCCUCCGCCGCCGCCGAGGAGGCGCUCGGCCGCGCCACCGAGGCCUACGAGGCGCUCACCGCCCCGCCCCCCGGGACCUUCUGGACCGCCUGCGCCGGAUGCCGCCUCCUCCACGAGUUCGAGCGCAAGUAUGUGGGAUACCGCCUCAUCUGCCCCUCCUGCCGCCGUACCUUCCUCGCCGUCGAGGUCCCGCCUCCGCCGGAGGCCGAACCCCCUGCCCUUGCGCCUGCGCCUGCGCCUCGGCGGCCGGCGGCGGCCAAGAAGCCCAAUACGGAGAAGCUGGAAAUGACGCUCGCCGAGAUGCAGCUCCAGCUCGCCAAGAAGAGGAGGGGCGCAAAGGCUUCGGAGAGCUCUUCCCGAGACUUGGUGGUGGUGGAUGAAGAUGAUGAUGAUGAAGAGGAGCAGGAGGACGGCGAGGAGGCUGAGGCGGAGAACAACCAUUCGGACCUGAUGGCCGUGGAGGACUCUGACUUCUACAACUUCGACGCCAACCGCGGCGAGAGGUGCUUCAAGAGAGGCCAACUCUGGGCUUUGUACGCCGACGCCGACGGCAUGCCACGCCAGUAUGCGCUGGUGGAUGGGGUGCAGCGAGGUACCCAAUUCAGAGUGCAGAUACGGUGGCUGGAUGGCGAGGAGGGGAAGCCAUGCGGGCAGUUCAAGGUUGGGAGAGCAGAGACCGUGCAUUCAGUGAACGUCUUCUCCCACCUUCUGGCCUGCGAGAGGGCGGCAAGGGAGGUGUACCAGGUUUAUCCCAGGAAGGCCUCGGUUUGGGCGCUCCAUGGUGGCGAGGAGGGCGAUGCAGCGAGGACAAAGUAUGACAUUGUGGUGAUGCUCAGUGGUUACGAUGAGCGGUAUGGUGCCAGCUUCGGGUACCUGGAGAAGGUGGAAGGCUUCAGGAGCAUCUUCACACGCCGGGACAUCGGAAGCCAUGCUGUACACUUCCUUCAGAAGGAUGAUCUUGGGGUGCUUUCGCAUCAGAUACCGGCCAGGAAGGUGCCCAAGGGUGAGGGAUCGACUCUGCCUCCUGGGGAUUGCUGGGAACUUGAUCCUGCAUCAUUGCCUCCCGAGUUGCUGCACAUCGAAGCUGUCAAACCACGGAAAUGA